CAUUCCUUGCAGCUGAGCACCCAGCUGUUUCCCGCCACUUCACCUCAUUUACAACGUUUGUUGUUACACUUACGUUUUCUGGCCUUGGAAUUGCGUGUUAACUACAGUUUUCCUCAGGAUUCAGGAGAUUUGCUUCUUCGGUAUUUUCUUGAAGUUGAUGGCCUUUCAGCCACGCGGCAAGAGAGAGAUCCGGGCGACCGAAGCAGAGGUUGUGGGGAGCUUGUGUCGACUUGGAUCUGCAUCAAUGGACAACGAGACCGUCCGCCGUGAGCACGAGCGGCGGAUUCGGCGGGAGAUUGCCAACAGCAACGAGCGGCGCCGUAUGCAGAGCAUCAACGCUGGGUUCCAGUCCCUGAAGACGCUGAUCCCGCACAGUGAUGGAGAGAAACUUAGCAAGGCUGCCAUCCUGCAGCAGACAGCAGAGUACAUCUUCGCACUGGAGCAGGACAAGACGCGCCUCCUGCACCAGAACUCCCAGCUCAAGCGAGCGCUCAGCGAACUGAUGGAGGGGAAGGGCGGCUCGCCGUCGCCCAAACGGAAGAAGAUGGACAGCGAGAGCCGAGUUUCGGAUGAAGGGAUUGCGGACGUUGCUGACGACCAUGAGAAUAUGGAAAACAUCAAAAAGCAAAUGUUGGAUUUGCGUUGUCAGUUGGACAAGGAGCGUCGGCUGCGGAUGAUGUUGGAGGAGCAGAACCGGUCGCUGGAGGCGCAGCUGUACCCCGAGCGGCUGCGGGAGCUGGCGCACCAGGUGCAGAUCCAGGCGCAGCAGGACGUCCACCGGCGGAUUGUGGAGCAGCAGCACCAGCUCAUCCCACAACAGGUGCAGGUGCAGAUCCAGCCCCAGCCGACCCCUGUCAUCACUGUACCCGUCUCUGCCAUGACGACGGUUUCCCAGGACGCGGUGACCGCCUCCCGUCAGAGUCUGGACACCAUCGUACAAGCCAUCCAGCACCUCGAGGGCAACAAAGUCCUGCAGGACCACACCAAACAGGACGACGAGUCCAGCAUCGACCCCGACUCGGAACCAGAGCGCGAGGAGGUUGUCAUGACGACGGAGGUGGCGACCCAAGCGACCGAGGAGGAAGUUUUGGCGUCCACGGGUUCACCGGUCAGAGUAGAGCUGGUUCAUCACGCGGAUAUCGUAAACCAAGGGGAGCUGGUGCGCCAACUCAGUCAGCAGGAGCUGACCUCCAGGCCGGGGGUCAUCAUCUCCUGAGGCCAGAGGGCAUAGGUCAUCUGUGACCUGUUAUGUGCAUUCUUCAAAUGGACUGCUGAAAGAAAGCACAGCCAGAGGCAUUAAAUCUCUAAGUUCUAUUGUACAUAAAGUUCUCCGCUACACUACUUUGCUUGGCUCCAAUCUUGACGUGUCUGCCAACCCUGGCAUUGAGAACCAGUUUCACAGACUGGGAAGUACCUUUGUAAUUUGUACAACGCUUUUUGCUCUGAAACACUUUCAAUAUCAGUAGUGAGCCGUUCUUGUGCUCCAGUCUGAAUAGUUGUUCUUGUGUAUAACCCACACUGAAGAGUACAGUUAUUUUUGUAGUAGAAUUGCUUAUUUAACAAACAAAAAGUUUAUUGGUUGUAUUCUUGUAAGAGCUUGGCAACAGUUGUAUUUUGAAGUUGUCUAAAUACAGAUUGUUAUUUUUCAGAGGAGAGUUGUAAUGGACGGUUUAGUCUAAUUAGUUUCAUCUAAAUACUUUAUUUAUUAUGUAUUUAUCAUAUGAUACACGGCAGCUUGUACUGAAAAUGUCUUUUGUUCCGAUGUUGUAAAUUGUGUUUUGUACAAAUGUAGCUUGUAGGAUGUUGAAUGGAAAGUUAUUAGGUAAGAAUUUAUUCUGUUGUGUGUGUUUGUUUGCGUUGGAUGUUUGUACGUAUGACUUUUGGCUGUUUGAGGAACAGAAUUCAUUUCAUGUCACAAGUCUGGUCAUGCAGCUUAGCUGGCAUUGCAUUCCAUACGGGAAGACUUCUUGUACAUAUUGUCUAGUUUAGUUUUGUAUGUCAAGUAAUUUAUGGUCAUAUACAGAUCAUUUUUGCAUUGCUGUUGUAUAGACAUAAUAGUUUACUCUAAUACAGUAACAUUGAUAUUUAUUUUCAUAGUUAAUUUGUAAUGUGUCACAUAGCUAACAUUUACUAAGAUAUGUUAUAUACUGUUUAUUUAGCACAUAUGUUUAUGCUCAAAAUAGUCCGUUAAGGUGGAUGUGGUUAUGUCUGAAUAUGAAGCAGUGUGUGUCCAUGUUCAGUGGCAUGAGACUUGCAUGUGGAAAGGAAUAUCUGAAGUCACUCUGUUGUCGGCAUGAAGCACCUUUAAAAAGGCAGAAGUUGGAGUUGGAAAAAGUUGUCAAGCCCCCCAAAAGAGUUCUAUAUUCUUAAGAAGGUUACAAAAUAUUGAUGACUGAGCCAUUUCAUCAUUCAAGAAGAAAAUGGCUCAAAUAUAAUAGGGUGUUUCUUUUAUUUAAAAACUGUUAAUUGGUUUGGAAUAAAUCUAAACUUUGAUUCAAUUGUUUGAAUAAUGAAAAAAAAUGUUGAAAUUCAACAGAAGAUAUAUUACAAGAAUAAAUUUGUUUUGCAGAGUAUUUAUUUUGAUACAAAAGAAUGUGGUGGGGUCCUAGACUUCUGGUCAAAUGUUGGUGAGUCUGAGACUUUGUCUUGUGUUUAGAUGGCUUUGCUAAAGCAAAUUCAGUAUAUACCUCUGAAAAAGGUUUGUUCUGUAUGUAGGUGGUGUCUUUUGAAAGUUUCUGUAGGGUGUUGCUUGGACAGUAUUUGUUCACAUUAUUUAGGACCGGCUGAAACAUUUACAUGACACAACUUGUCCUGCAGUCUGCACUGUGUUGUCUUCCUGUGUCUGUGUGACAGAAAAUAUGUGUGAGGAUUCUCUUUCCUGUCGUUGGGUAUUGUUACAAUACUGGCAAGGAGUUUUCUGUACCCCUUUGAAUGAACCCUGUUACUGAUCCAUUGUUUUAUGCGAAUAGGUCUUGACAAGAGAAAGAAUUGUUCUUAAAAUGUGUUUUGUAAGCAGAGGUGAAACCCACAACCUCAAGGGAAGAAUUUGCCAAUUGGAUAUUCUGGGAUUUGAAUUGUGUCCAACUUAUCCAGUGUGGAAUGUCUCAGUGUUGAAGCUACUGCAGUUUUUGGAUACCCCUGAUAAUUAAAUGGGGGGCUGUGGACUGUUUAAGAUUCUGCAGGCUACUCAAGCAUUAAUUCUAUGAUUCUCAGAGCAUUACUCCAUUGGUGUUGAAGAAUAUCCGUCCACAUGGGUGUAGAAGCCUGGCACUGGGAACCAAGGAAUUUAAACUGAUGUAGUCUUAAGUUGGAAAAAAGUCUUUCUUGGUUGAGAAGCAAUCAUAUAAAGGUUUCGGAAGGAAAAAUACAUAUUUUUGCAUUGGUGCCAAAUUUGCAAAUACUAGUAUGAGGAUAUUCAAAGGUUGUAUGUGUUGUUCAUGUUACCACUGUUUGGAGACGGGGUGUUUUGAAACAUCGCACAAGCUUGUGGGGGUAUCAGUUUGGUAUACUGGGAUGUGCUCUUGUCAUCUUACACCUACUGUUGUCUUAGUGUUGAAUAUGAUUCUAGUUACUUACUUA